CCCUACCUCAUAAUCGUAAAAGUAGAUAUUUCAAAUCUUCAUUACGCACGAAGCUUUACAGAUUCUAUCUAGACGCCUAAGUAAAAUCGUAUAUAAUCCAAGCCAUCCGAUUUAAACUACAUAUAUAUAUAUAUCUGAGCUAACUCGCUAUCCCGGAUUCUCCAGCCACUUUACCAAACAAACAGACACUGGGCAAUAAGAAGGAUUCCGAAAAAAGCAGGGUUGUCCACAACUAUAUGUGGUUGGCUGCUUGAGUACCUCCAGGUAACUCCGAGGGUUGUGUCGCCUAGGGGGUUAUAUAACUGCAAGCCCACGCCUAUAGCUUUUUUAUUAUUAUACCUACCGUUCGCUUCUCUACCAUACAUAAACCGCAUACCCCUACCAUGGCGCGAAUAAGCCAGCCUCCCCGUGGGCCUUCCAAGCCCGUCGUCCCCCAAUCCCAGCGUCCGCUCAACGGGCUCUUCGUGCUCGCCUUCGCGGGCCUGUUCGUCCUAUUCACGUGGCUGAUGCGUGUGGAGACCGUCGUAAGUGGCGUGCCGGUAAACUUCAACGUCGUCCUGGAGGAGGGCCGUUUCGACAAUGGCAUCCCUGUCGAGACUAGCUACACGGGCAUCAACGCUGUCGACGAGGUCGCCAAGUUCCUCGUCAUUGCCUUCCUCGAGGGCACCGCGGGCUGGGAUGCCGGUGUGCAUGCCCAGCAGACGUAUUUCUUGCUGGAAUGGUUUGCCGUCGUGUGUGUCUGGGGCGUGGAGGCUAGUCGCAGACGGAAUGCUUGGAAGGCUGUUAGUUUUGUCGGGUUUACUGCGUUUCUAUACCAGCUCAUUGGCGCCGCCGUAAUCGCGCCUCUGUAUUACUUAGCAUACGUGGUGGCAUCUCGGCAGGAUGGAUACUACUUCCAGGGCCGAGAGUUAUCCGCUGGCCAUGCGGCGUCGCUGCUCCCGGCUCUUAUCAUUGGAUACCUUAUCCCGUCGGUCACCAUGUGUUACCCGUGGGGCGACAUCAGGACGGCGCAGUACCUGACGGCAUUCUGGCAGCCCGCCCCUGUUUUCGCCAGCGUGCUAGUCUCGGUUUUCUCUUUUCUGGUACCUACAUCGCCAACCUCAGUCGCUAAGAAUGGUGAUGUCAAGCACCUCAAGCGGGCGUACCUGAUCGUCGGGCUUGUAACAACAGUUGUGCACGUUGGCAUGCUUUACGCCUGCCUCACGUCGGACGACCCGAGGCUUUCGCUCAGCUAUGUGUUCCUGCCGAAUAGAACUACCUGGAAAGACAGCAUGGGCUUGGGACUGCACUACAUCUUCCAGAUCGACUUCUUCGGUUCGUUCGGCUCCACGCUGUUCUGGUGCUGGCUUGCUGUUUACGAUGUUCUGCGGAUACUCGGCAAACCUACUACAAUAGACUUAAUCAAGAUAGUACUAGGCAUUGUAUUUGUUACGGUUGUAGCUGGCCCGGGUACUGCCAUCAUUGCAGUUUGGAACUGGAGGGAGGAUAGACUCGUCAUGAUCGAAAGCGGCGUUAAGGGAACUUGGAAGAAACCAAAGGCCGCGUAGAUACGGGGUUAUAUAUAUUUAUAUCUUCUGAAAAAUAUGUCAACCAUCGUGUCGGAUUUGUAAAUUAAGCAGCUUCUUAGUUCUUACAAUCUAUACUGCUAUGUGUAAUCUAGUUUCACGAAAAUACAUGUCAC